UUCGUUGGGACGUUUUUCAUUUUUGUUUCCAAAGCUCGCAACGAACAACCAACCAAAGAAAGCGCACGCUUGACGCAAUUCUGAAAUAAUUGAAAAAAUCGUCAAAAAAAUCUGCACAAUAACUAAAUUGUAAGAGAUAGAGUGAAAAUAUUCCAAUUCGAAUGUCAAAAACGAAACAAAAAUUAAGCUUAAAAAAUUAAAAACAAGAAUUAAAUUAGAGAUUUUUAAUAAUUCGCUAUCCUUAUUCCUUAUAACAUAAUUGAACAAUGGCCGGAGAAGUCAUUGUUGAUGCUUUGCCUUACAUCGAUCAGGGAUAUGACGAUCCUGGCGUCAGAGAAUCGGCAUUGGCAAUGGUUGAGGAGGAAUGUCGCCGAUAUAGGCCAACUAAAAACUAUUUGGAACACAUGCCACAUUUAUCUACAUCCACGUUUGAAACCAAGUUGAUGGCACAAGAAUUUGAACGCAUUCAAAAUCUGAUACCUAUGGAAACACUGAGUAUGAAGCGUUAUGAACUUCCGCCGCCAUCCGGUAGUCGUUUGUCUGAAGUGUCAGCAUGGGAAGAAUCGAUAGACAAUUCCAAAGCACAAUUGGAACAUCAAUGGGUGAGAGCUAUGAAUUUGGAGUUGAUGUUGGAUUACGGCAUAGAAGCUUGGAAGGCGUACUUGGAAGUAUUUGUUGCAAUGCAGGCUAAAGCGCAGGGGCAGUUGCAAGAAUUGAAAAAAGAAAUACAGGACGUUAAUUGGCAAAGGAAACAAGCACAAACGAAAGCCGGAGAGAGACUUCGACAGUUAGAGGCCAGUUGGGUAUUGUUGGUCUCGAAAAACUAUGAGAUUGAACAACAGUGUGUUGAACUAGAAAAACAAAUUCAUGAAUUAAGAAAACGAAUAUCUGAGAAUGAAGUUCCAGCUGACGUUGAAGCAGAGCCUCCCCAACAGCAGAACGAUCAUCAUAUUGAUGAUGAGGGGGAAGAUGUGAGUAAAAAUGUCCCAGAGGAAACAGUUAUUGAGGAUUCAGAAAAUCAAAAUCAAUAUGAAAAAUCCGAUGAAAACGAUGUUGAAAUGGCAACAGUUGAAGAGAAGGAACAAUAAAAGAACAAUUUAUGACAUACAUGAA